CUCGUCCACUUCCACUUCCGCCCCAAACGGGCGCGAGUAGAGAGGACGGCUGCAUCGUGCCGUUGCUCCUGACGCCAAGUCGGGGGUUCCCACCUGGCAAAUAAUUUGGAGUUCGAAAAGAGAGAAUGGCUCUACCGCGCGCUGCCGCUUCAACUGCGCGGAGAUGCUCUCGAAGGCCAUGUAUCUCGACGCGCUGGAGCUGCAACUCUCGCUCUUUGUCGUCGAGCGCCCGCUCGAGCCGGAGGGUGCCGCCGUCUUUACGCUGGGCCUGAGACUCCGAGGCUCGGGUUUGGGCGAAUCUCGAGGAAUAAGCAAAAAGCUUGCAGGCGCAUACGCUCGAUCUGAAGCCGGAGCUCCUUUUCCAUCUUCUUGGCAGCCUGUAUGGGUUGAGCAAGAAGAAACGCCAGGUCGCUCACGUGGCUACAUCCCGAAUACGCAACUUCGUCAGGUCAUCCAGGAGCUCUGCGGUUUUCCUGUGCAGCGCGAAGACGUGCUCGCUCUUCAUAUCCUCCAUCGUCUUGUUCAGCUCCGCCACCUGAGGAACAACUCAUGUUGGUUCAGAUGUGUCGGCAGCUGCAGGGUGAGGACGAUCAACUACAGCCACACGGAAAAUCAAGGUGAAGAUAAAGUUGUCGUCAGGGGUGACGACUAGGGCGGUCACUGGGCCGGAGUGGACCGGGAGUUCGAAACAUG